AUGAAAAUUGCACCAAUGGGUUGCAGGGUUGGUGGGUGCAAAGAGCUAGCAAGGGUGGAUAUGGUUGGGGGAGGCACAAAUGGUUGGAUGAUUAGAUGGAUGCAAAAGGGCAACACAGAGGGGUUGAUGUAUAAUCUUUGUGUUACCGAGGAGCAACAGCUUAAUGACAGACUUGGAGUAGUAAAGAGAGGAGAGCGAGUUCGUGGCCUAGUAGUUCUGUUUUCUGAGGACUCAUAG